UAUUGCAGAGAAAUAGUAUUAUGUUAAUCGAUGUUUUGCUCGAACUCACUCGGUGAGAGCUUUAAAAAGCGAGGCAGCCCCAGGCAGGCUUGCUAGAAGCGGAGCGAGGCGCGGAAGGUGGGCAGGUUAAGGCGGAGGGGAUCGGGGCGCGCGCAGGUUAUUCCGGGCCCCCAGCGAAGGGAGGCGGCGAAAGCCCAGCCCUGCUCUCCGGGGUUGUGAUUUGGAUUUGCCAAGGCGAUCGGACCCGCUGCCUCGUCGGGCGGAGAAGGAACCUGCCCGCUCCCUCUUACUACUUCUACUACUACUACUACUACUACUAGGCGCCGCCACCAUCAUGUCCAACGUGCACCUCUCGAGCGCCUCGGCUCUGGAGCGCCUGGCGGCUCGGCGGACUUUCCCGCUGCACGCUCGCACCGGGGUGUGCAGGAACCUCUUUGGCCCCGUGGAUCACGACGAGCUGAACCGGGACCUGAAGAGCAAGCUGCGGGAGAUCUGCGAGGACGGCCAGAAGCGCUGGGACUACAACUUCCAGAGCGACACGCCGCUGGGCGGCCCGGGCAGGCUGCAGUGGGAAGAGGUGGACGGAGGCGCCGUGCCCGCUUUCUACCGGGAGACGCUGCAGGUCGGCAAGUGCCGCUUCCCGGUGCUGGUGAUCCGCUCCAAGGCGCCUCCGCCUCCAGCGGGAAGCGCCGAGGCGCCUCCGGAGGCCGAUCCCCAGGGGACGGGGGUGUCCUCGGCCCCCUCCCCGCUCAGCUCUCCGGGCAAGACGGCCCCCUUGGAAAGCACUAGGUCGGCGGGCGAGGAGCGCCUCAACCAGGAGAACCGGGCCGCUCAGCUCCACAGCUACUCAGGGAUUAUAAUCAAGCCUGUCCCGUGCGCCGCGGCGGCGCUGAAAAGGGCGUCGUCGGCCAGUGUAGCGCACAUCACAGAUUUCUUCGCCAAGCGGAAAAGAGUCGUAGACUCGAAAGUGUCCGGGGAUCAUCCCAGCGCCUUGCCAGCUUCGGUCUCUGCUGUCCCCGCCGAGCAGACCCCCCGGAAAAGGCUCCGAUGAACGAGAUUUUGCACUACAACACCGAAGUGAUUGUUUCCUUGGAAACACAAGAGCUUGAGAGGCCCUUCCUCCUCCACACGUUAAAAGGGACUGGCAAGAGAGACCCAAAAUAGGGAGGAAGAAUCCCCUGGUUGUGUGUGUGUGUUUUUUUCUUCUUCCCCGUUUUGUUUUUUUCGUUCCUCCUCUUCUACUCGUGCCCCAGAAGGAACUGCUUGUACCUCCAUGUAGCAAAAGUGGCCCGACUACAAGCCACCUGACGGAGCAGUGUUAAUUUACAACUGUGCAAUGUAUUACGUUUUAUAUAUAUUAAAAAUGUAUUAUGCCUAAUGUGAGUACACUGGCCAGAAGUGUAAAAGCUUUAAAGUCAUUUAUAUAAAUGUUUAAUCUCUGCUGAUCUCUCAGUGCAAAACAAACAAAAAAAAUGUAUAUUUGUAAAAAAACAAAACAAAAAAAACAACUUAAGAGUUAUACUAACUUAUAUUUUCUAUUUAUGUCAAGAAAAAAAAGCGGAUAACUUUGGUUGACACCCAGUAGUCUGUUUUGUGUGUUUGGUUUUUGUUUUUCUUAUUUGGUUAAGCCAAAGGGCACUAUAUAUUUGCUUUUUUGUUAUUUACAAAAAUGUAAAUUUAUUUUUAUAGUGGGUUUUUUUUGCAUUCACAAAAUGUAGCUAUGAAUCAAAAUUAGUUAUUACUUGAAAAUAAAUCUGAUACAAUGGUUCCUGAGCCGGUCUGUACCACUGCCACUGCAAAUUUAUGCCACAAUGUUAAAAUAAAAAGGAAUCAAAUGUCAAUAA